AUCAAGAAGUUUUCCUCUUCUCUACUAUAUACUCUUAGAAUUCCACUUCUUUGAGUAGAGAAAGAAAUGGCUAAUAUUGAAGGAUCACCAGGAAGUUCCAUGCAUGGAGUAACAGGAAGAGAGCAAACCUUUGCUUUGUCAGUUGCUUCACCAAUGGUCCCAACUGAUACAACAGCACACUUUGAUUUACCUGUUGAUAGUGAGCAUAAAGCCAAAGUUUUCAAACUCUUUUCGAUUGCUAAUCCUCACAUGAGAACUUUUCACCUUUCUUGGAUUUCUUUCUGCACUUGCUUUAUUUCCACCUUUGCAGCUGCUCCACUUGUUCCUAUCAUCAGGGAUAACCUUAAUUUAGUUAAAUCUGAUAUCGGAAAUGCUGGUGUUGCUUCUGUUUCUGGAAGUAUCUUUUCUAGGCUUGUAAUGGGUGCAGUUUGUGACUUAUUAGGACCAAGAUAUGGCUGUGCUUUUCUUAUCAUGUUAUCUGCUCCAACUGUAUUUUGUAUGUCGUUGGUAUCCUCAGCUGGAGGAUACAUAGCUGUCCGGUUCAUGAUUGGAUUCUCUCUUGCCACCUUUGUUUCUUGCCAGUAUUGGAUGAGUACUAUGUUUAAUGGCAAGAUCAUAGGACUUGUCAAUGGAACAGCGGCAGGAUGGGGAAACAUGGGCGGGGGUGCAACUCAGCUAAUUAUGCCUUUAGUCUAUGACUUGAUUCAGAGAGUUGGGGCAACUCCAUUUACUGCUUGGAGGAUUGCAUUUUUUGUUCCAGGUAUACUUCAUGUGAUCAUGGGAAUUUUGGUCUUGACUCUUGGACAAGAUUUGCCCGAUGGGAAUCUCGGUGCCCUACAAAAGAAGGGUGAUGUUGCCAGGGAUAAGUUUUCCAAGGUUAUGUGGUAUGCGAUCACGAACUACAGAACUUGGAUCUUUGUUCUUCUCUAUGGAUAUUCUAUGGGUGUUGAAUUGACCACAGAUAAUGUCAUUGCAGAAUAUUUCUUUGACAGGUUUAACCUCAAGCUCCAUACUGCUGGCAUAAUUGCUGCAACUUUUGGUAUGGCGAACCUUGUCGCUCGUCCCUUUGGUGGAUAUGCUUCUGAUGUAGCAGCAAGACACUUUGGCAUGAGAGGAAGGUUAUGGGUUUUAUGGACUCUUCAAACUCUAGGAGGAGCCUUCUGUAUCUGGCUCGGACGUGCAAAUUCACUUCCUCUUGCCAUAUUUACAAUGAUUGCCUUCUCCAUUGGAGCUCAAGCAGCCUGUGGGGCAACAUUUGGUGUCAUUCCCUUCAUUUCUAGACGAUCAUUGGGUAUUAUAUCAGGAUUGACAGGUGCAGGUGGAAAUUUUGGUUCAGGGUUAACUCAAUUAAUAUUCUUUUCAACUACAAAAUUCUCAACACAAGCAGGUUUGUCUUUGAUGGGUGUUAUGAUUGUUGCUUGCACACUUCCUGUAACAUUAAUUUACUUCCCGCAAUGGGGUGGGAUGUUCUUCCCGGCGUCGAAAGAUGUCACAAGAUCAACCGAAGAACAUUAUUAUGAAGCCGAGUGGAAUGAGGAGGAGAAGCAGAAAGGUAUGCAUCAAGGAAGUCUUAAAUUUGCUGAAAAUAGCCGAUCGGAACGUGGCCGGAAAGUUGCCUCUGCACCAACUCCACCAUAUAAUACACCAUCCCAUGUCUAGUCUACAAUCCAAGAUCAAGAAAAUCAUGCGUAAGUGAUUUCCAAGAUUUGACAAGAGAAAUAUGUGCAAUAACACAAUGUAUCUAAAAUAGGGUUUCUUUUUCUUCUUCUUCUUGUAUCUUUGCAUCAAUAAGAAUCUAAUGGAAUCCCGUAUCAAGGAUUCUGAAGGUAUGUUAGGCGUGCAAGUAUCUAAUAUCUUCAAACAAAAGUAUAUUCAUCUUUUUUUCCA